AUGAGUGCAACGGUCACUCAGGCAGUACUUGAUCUUCACAAUACUCACAUACGAACCGAAGUCUCUGGCAGACGUAUCGACAACUUGGUAUCGGGACUCGACUGGCAACGACGGGAUACAGAAGCACUCAACGUACCUGCUGCCGAGCAAGCCAGUGCACUGGACAAUGGAAACAUCGCCGCCAGGCUUGCACAGAACGGCCUGGACGCAAACGCCUUGUUGAAUGGGCUCGCGCAAGGCCAAGGACAAGGCCAAAGGAGUGGCAACGGAGACAUCAACACGAAUGAUGUCGGUGGAGACCUCGCAAACCAGAUCGCUGGUGGAGGCUCUCCGAGCGUUGGUGGCAUCCUCAUUGGGCUUGAUGGGCAAAAGCAGAGUCCAUCGACAAACCAGACCAGCACCCCGCAGCCGCAGGGCCAGAGUGGUGCGCAAGGAACGUCACAGGGUGCCAACCAAGGAGCAGGAGGGGACAUCAAGUCGAGCGACAUCGCCGGGGAUCUUGCAAACCAGCUGGCCCCCAAACCCGGUGCUAGUCAGGGUGGCAGCGCCGACAUUGCUGGAGAUCUCGCGAAUCAACUCGCACCGAAUGGACAAGGCCAAUUACCAUCCCAGUCUGGAGCACCGCAAAAUGGUAGCAACUUUCAAACGAUUCAAAUAGUUCAGACCAUCGUUACUCAACCCAAUGGCCAGGAGAUUGCGGCAACGCUGGUUGAAGCAGCGCCACAGGGAGCAGCCGAAGCGACGCCACCCGCUGGAGAAGCGCCAGCAGCAGCAUUGCCAUCGGCCCCAGCUGAAGCGACAUCAGCAUCAUCACCACCAGCCGGAGAAGCCACUGCCAUAUCGUCAUCAACCGCCGCAAAAGCACCAGCUGAAGCAUCUGCUUCAUCGACGGCAGAGGCAGAGGCAGAGGCACCAACUACGUUGUCUUCAGCUAAAGGGGAAGCGCCAGCAGAAGCAGCACCGGCAUCUUCACUAGCCAAGGGAGAAGCAUCAGCUUCGUCAUCCGCUGCCGGAGAAGCCUCAGCUACAUCGUCGAAAGCUGCGGCCGAGGCACCAGAGGCAGCCACUACAUCAUCAUCAUCAUCAUCAUCUGCCGCCGUUGAGAAGCCAGCAGAGGCCUCCGCUUCGUCAAAGGCGGUAAAGACAGUCUUUCCCGCUGGGAAGUCAGCUUUGCCAAAAGUGACUCCUAUUCCCUGGACGAAUGCGCCUUCCCAGAUGGGUGGUAUGGCUGCUGGAAACUCAAGCAGCAUGGGUGCUAAGGGGGCCGCUAUGCCCGCUGCUGAGCCUAUGCAGACAGCCAGUCUAGCGGAAAGCAAGAACUCUACUGUACGUUGUUGA